GCUUUUGCACUCUGCUGCUGCUGUGUGUAUUUUUAUUGUGUGUGUGUUUGCUCGCAGAGAGACCGGGGUUUGACGGCACGGCGGGAACAAUACGACAAUGGAGACGGAAGGACCAUUCAUCAAAGUGCCGAUUGAAUGUGUCAGCCAGGUCUUCCGCAAGACUAGGAAAACGGUUACAUCGGAGCUCACGGCAAUAAUCAAGGAGAUCAGCAGUCUCGAGGCAGCAGGGGCGGCGGCGGGUGACUCCGAUGGUGACGAAACGAGAAGAGGCGAGACCGCCGGUAGCAGCGUUGAAAGUGAAACCGAUGCUUCGGCGAAACUUGGCGAGCUGAUGGACCGUCUUACCAAGCUCAAGGCGACGGCCCAGGAAGCAGGGCGCGAAGAGAGGAAGCACCUGACGGGGUUGAGAAAACGCCUCGAUCUUCUGGCGCAGCCGCCGCCGCCGCCGCCCCUUCCGCACCUGACCGGAAGUUCCGCCGCCGCGUCGACCGCGGCGGCGGUGGCGGCAUCGUCCUUCGCUGUGACAGAGUCUCCGGGGGGCAAGACGCGGCUCGACCGCUUCAUCGUGGAGUACCUGCUGAGAGAGGGGCACUCGGAGGCUGCCCGGGAACUCUCGGAGGAGGCGGGCAUCCAAGAUUUCGUCACGAUAGAGCUGUUCGAGAGGGCGAAGGAGGUGGAGGCUGCGAUAAGGGCUAAGGAUCUCGGGCCGGCUCUACGGUGGUGCGAGGACAACUCGUCGAGGCUGAGGAAGCUCGAGAGCAAGCUGGAGUUCCGGGUCCGCGAGAGGGCGUUUCUGGAGAUGGUCCGAGCCAACAAGAAGGAGGAGGCGGUCCAGUACGCCCGGGACUACCUACAGCCACACGCCGCGAAUCACCAGGCUGAGGUGCAGCGGGACAUGGGAACUCUUGUGUUCCCCAACCCGCAGGAGUCGACGGUGCCCGAGUGGGUCGCACUUUUUCACGAUGACAGGUGGGCGGAGCUGGCAUCGGAGUUCCUGAUAGAGAUGCAAGGCGUGUUCGGUCUCACGCAGCCCUCGAUGCUGGAGAUUGUGGUCCAGAGCGGGGUUUCCGUGGUGAAGACACCCCAGUGCUCCCAGGAUAGCUUCCGGCUCAGCCACUGCCCUACCUGCAGCUCGGAGGGUCGCGCACUGGCGGAAGGCCUACCUUGCGCACAUCACGGGCAGUCGUUCCUCAUAUGCCGUCAGUCUGGAGACCCGAUCGGAGACGACAACCCUCCCCUGGUGCUCCCGAACGGUCAUGUGUACGGCUCGAGGGCGAUCCGGGCGUUGGCGCGGCCAGCGGCGGGCACGACCGGGGCGGGGACCGGGGAUGCUGCCGCUGCCGCGGGCAGCGGGAUUGUGGGGUUCGACGGGACUGUCGGCGGGACGGUUGGGGCCAGCGUGGUGACGUGCCCGUCGACGGGGCAGACGUUCCGUUUCGACCAGCUCCGGAGCGUCUACAUUAUCUGAAGAUGUUUGGUUUUCAGGUUUCCAAGUGCAUGUUCAAAAUGGCUUAAGUUGGAAGCAACCUUUGGGGACCGAGUUCAAAUCCGGUGCAGUUUCAAAACGCGGAAAGGUGUUUUUUUUUUUUUUAAUGUUAAACAUUGUGGAGUGAGUUCGUGCUUUGUGCACAACAGCUACAUUUGCAGUCGAAGACGGAGGGAACGACUGAUCCCUGCUCAACCAUUGAGCAAGGUAGUCAGCGCAGAAGUGUAUUAUUUGUGGAGGGGAAUGUGUGGCUUUCCUCCUGAGUGACCCCCGACUGACUAGCCGUAAGGACCGAAGUCCAGCAUGAACGGGAUGAAACACGCACGCACACGGCGAUGGAGCAUUUCGUCAGGAAGCCAUGUCUCGGGAAAAGCGAGCGGGGCAAGGGGGUGACGAAAAAGUCGGGUCAACGAUUGACACGUUUUUUUAUGCCUGGAAACUUGCUCUGCUUUCACCUGCGAAACGAGUUUGGUUCUAUGUGAUACUGCUCUCGGUCGUUGAUCUCUAUCAUCGUAAUGUCGACCGACUCGGCGGGGGCAUCAUUGUGGGAGAGGGCAACUUUGUGCAGCUUUCGCUGUUAUGUCCACGUGACGUUGAUGGGUUUGUCUAGCAACGAACCUUAGCUUUUCUGCUUCGGCAAGCUCCCAAGUUAUCAUGUUGAACGCAGUUCGUCUAUGGUUUGGUUUGGCUUCUGACUGCUGUUAAUGACAUGUUUGUGGGGAUUUGGGGAUUGUGGGUACUACAAACAACACCACAAUGCAGUGGGUGCGUGCAUGUGAUCCGCAUGUAAAUGAAAUUACAAAGGGAAGCGUUGGAUGGGGUGCUGCUGUGCUUCGGCUCGAUACGGGCGGCCGUGUUUUAUAAAAGUAUUUCGCUUGUGAAGGAAGUGUCGUGUGUGCGUUGCAGAGUGCAGGGGGGGGCACAGGGGGCACAGGGCGCGCCGACAUGCGCACGCUCGGAUGCACACGCUAGGCGCACUUCACGCGAAAGGCUGUACAUGCAGUGUUUUUUGCGGUGCUGGCUGACCGUGGCCAUAGUCGUGGGUCGGGCAGCCCGCCGCGCGGAUCGUUAUUGUGUGCAUGUGUCUUCCCGGCGUGCUUCGCUCUGUCCGGAAUUUUUGAGAGAUUUGAACUGUGUAAAACCUUGUUGUUGUUGUUGU